AUGGGGACGAAGUUUGAGAAGACCUUGAUGAGUUGGGAGAUUGACAACUUCUCCGAAGAGAUAACAUUGAGUCAUUUCUCCUGCGGCGACUUUGAAUGGUAUGUUAGUAUUUAUCCCGAACGAUACGAUGGCAAUGGUCACUUAAAUAUAUUCCUGUACGUUGUAAAUCCUAAACCACCGAGACUUGGAUGGAAAAGGAGAGCUAUUUAUAGCUUUGUUUUGUUGAAUCAAUCCGGCAAAGAGCUAUUAAAAUCACCUGACCUAUGCGGAAUGUUCUGUGCCGAGGCUCCAGGCUGGGGUUUCCUUCUUACUGAGAAGCUCCAACAAAAAGGGUUUCUGGACAAAGACCAAAAUAACCAUUCAAGUUUACAUCAAAGUCCUUGA